GUUGUCUUUACGCGAAUGCGCGCUUUCUGCGCAUCCAUCGCUUUUAUUGAUCCAUCUGUUGAAAUUAGAAUUAAUUGAAGAGAGAAGAAUCAGUCAAAGGCGUGUGAAAACCUUUCUGCAACUACUCUUGGCUGUUAAUAACUUGUUGAAUAAGCAGCUCGUCCCGGGAGCGCAUUUUAAAUGAUGCCGUCUGCUGCAAAAACCGCAACUGACAAGAGAUCAAGCUAAGACGUCUGACAGCCACUGACUUAUGAGGAGUGUCACUCCUCUCUGCACAUCACAUCUGACCGUUAGUUGACCCUUUCAUCAACGCCCAACACUUGUGAAGAAGCUCCCUUGUUGACACACCUCAUCAGCCAGGCAGAAGUGGCAGCAAUCAAAGACAAAAUAACUGAAUGGGGGCUAAUCGUUGCCUGAAGCUGCUUGCGCAAAAGUAGCAACAUGCUGCCACAGUUCCCAAAUGCAUCAUUGCGCCAUUCAAAGCUGCAGUAAAUUUAGGAAAUUCUCAGUGAUACUGUCAUUCCUGUGACGAAGCAGCAGCUGUAAAGACAAAAAGAAGUUCCACAGAGACCAUACACAACAAUAUCAGCGAUGCUUUGGCCCGUAUUGUUCACUCUGCAAGCUGUGUGCACCAGCGUGGCACAUGCCAUGCAACAUUACCCGGCGGCCUGGGGACACUAUGACGUGUGCAAGUCCCAGAUCUAUACAGAGGAGGGCCUGGCGUGGGACUACAUGGCCUGUCAGCCAGAAGCCACCGAUAUGACAAAGUACCUACGAGUGGCCCUCGACCCCCCAAAUAUCACGUGUGGAGAUCCACCAGAAACGUACUGCGCUUUGGAGAAUCCUUAUAUGUGCAACAAUGAAUGUGACGCCACCACUGAAGAGCUGGCUCAUCCUCCAGAGCUGAUGUUUGACUUUGAGGGUCGCAACCCCACAACGUUUUGGCAGUCGUCCUCAUGGAAGAAAUACCCAAAGCCCCUCCAGGUUAACAUCACGCUGUCAUGGAACAAAACCAUCGAGCUGACUGAUGACAUCGUACUGACCUUUGAAUCAGGUCGACCUGAGCAGAUGGUCCUGGAAAAGUCGCUCGACUACGGCCGGACCUGGACCCCAUACCAGUUCUAUGCCACCGACUGCCUGGAUGCCUUCACUAUGGAACCCAAAACGGUCAACGACCUCACCCAGCGCACCCUGCUGGAUAUCAUCUGCACUGAGGACUACUCCCGAGGCUACGUGUGGAAGAAUGACAAGACGGUACGAUUUGAGAUAAAGGACCGCUUCGCCCUGUUUGCCGGGCCUCGGCUACACAACAUGGCCUCGCUGUACGGCCAGCUGGAUACCACCAAGAACCUGAGGGACUUCUUUACCAUCACCGAUCUGAGGAUUAAGCUGCUGAAGCCAGCCACAGGAGCCACCAUGGUGGAUGAGAAUAACCUGUCUAGAUACUUCUAUGCCAUCUCUGACAUUAAGGUGCAGGGCAGGUGCAAGUGUAACCUGCAUGCCAACAGCUGUGUGUUUGACAAGGGGAAGCUGGGCUGUGAGUGUGAACACAACACCACAGGGCCAGACUGCAGCCGCUGUAAGAGGCACUACCACGGAAGAGCCUGGAGUGUGGGCUCCUACCUCCCUAUACCCAAAGGGACUGCAAAUAUAUGUAUCCCCAGUAAUCACGGACCAGUGCAUCGAGCAAAUGCUUCAUCUCUUGGUGUUGCAAAUCGUAACCAAGCUCGGGUGUGUGACAACGCGAUGCUGCGCUGUCAGAACGGUGGCACUUGCCACCACCAUCAGCGGUGCCAUUGUUCCCCCGGCUUCACGGGCGUCCUGUGCGAGAGAGUUCGCUGCCAGGGCCCCGGGGAGUGUGAUGACCAAUUGUCUGGACGGGCCUCCUUCCAUCAUCCCCCCAUCACCCGCCAACUCGCUCUUACCCUUGUAGUGCUCCCGCUAUUGAUUGUUUCCCUUUGCUGAGAGACCUGAACGGCCUCCCAACCCCUCAACCAAAACCCUAAGACCACAUAUGUUGAGACUCUCAACCUUAAGGACAUAAAGGACGUGUGGACAAUGUGCUCAGCAUACAAUAUAAGCAACUCUUUUGUAUAUCCAAGGCCACAGUGGUGGGUGAUGGUGUUAUAGGUGCAACAGUUGCUGCACUGAUCUGUUAUACUGAGAUGGAUUUAUGAAAUGCUUGGUGAAGUCACUGCUGUCUGAUAGUGUCAAAGAGGAAGCAGCUGCUUUGUGAUUAAGUCAUACUUCAUUAAAAAGGCAGACUGAAGACUCAGAUAGAGCUACCCACACUCUGAGAGAAAACUGUACAAAACUAGACACAUGAUUUCUAAGUAUCAUCUGAAGUUAUUAAAAAAUAAUUAUGUGGACGGGGACAUCUUAAAACAUCUCGCCUCACUGCCUCCUUCCUUCCUUCCUUGCUUCUCUCCUUUCCUCACUUUUCCCCUUUCCCCGCUUCUCCUCCCUGUGCUUUGGUGACUCUGGUGAUUUUACUUUGCUGAAGGGUGUCUGUUGUUUUUGCCAAAAUGCUGCACAUGUAUUAUUAUCAAGCCCCUCUACAAGUCUUUUUUUUGUUUUUUU